AGCUUACCCCUCAGGUCCCCCUCGCCAACUGGAAUGCCCUCUGACAUGCCCCGGAUGCUGUUGCUCAUCUUUAUCAUGGUCCAUCCAGGAUCCUGUGCUCUCCGGGUGUUCCAGACCCCUGAGAUUCAUAUCCAGGAGGGCACCGCUGCUUUCUUGCCCUGCUCCUUCAAUGCCAGCCGAGGGAGACUGGCCAUUGGCUCUGUCACGUGGUACCGGGACAAGGUGGCCCCAGGGAAGGAAGUGAGGAACGAGACCCCAGAAUUCAAGGGCCGCCUGGCUCCUCUUGCCUCUUCCUGUUUCCUCUGUGACCACCAGGCUGAGCUGCACAUCUGGGAUACCCGAGACUGUGACACUGGAGUCUACGUGUGCAGGGUGGAGGUGCUGGGUCUUGGUGCUGGAACAGGGAAUGGGACUCUGCUGGUGGUAGAGAAAGGACCUCAUUGGCUAGGUGCCAGCACAGUCCUCCUCCUUCGGGCUGCAUUCUAUGCCUUCAGCUUUAUCUCUGUGGCCAUGGGCAGCACCAUCUAUUACCAAGGCAAAUGCCACUGUCACCUGGGAACAUGCUGCCACUCCUCAGAUGGCCUCUGAUGAGUAUUCCUGACC